AUGAAAGUUUUUAUUAUCGGUGCUUCAGGACUUGUUGGAAGUCACUGUCUGGCACAUUUUAAAGAACAAGGUUGGACAGUUAAAGGUUCCCAUUGCAACUUUACAACGGACACUACGUGUUACUACAAUACAUUACAACCGCACAGUGAUCAGAACUUCGACGUCGUAUCUUUCGGACCUGAAGUAAUUGUGCAUUGUGCGGCACUGACGAAUGUUGACUACUGUGAAAAAAACGAAAAAGAAAGUUAUGAAAAUACGCUUGAAAGUACUCGUCACGUCUGUGAACUCGCUAUCAAAUGUGGUGCUCGAGUUGUAUAUAUCUCAACGGAUUAUGUAUUCGAUGGUAAUUCUGGUCCUUAUCAGGAAAAUGACGCGCCAAAUCCAAUUAAUGUUUAUGGAAAACACAAAUUUCUCGCUGAACAGCUUGUACGUACUUCUGUGAUCGAUUCUUUGGUUCUUCGUGUUACUAAUGUCUACGGCGAUGAAGCACGUGGCAAAAAUUUCGUUGCUAGGAUUAUUCAACAUUGUCACCAGAAGCAACCGAUUUGUUUGAAACUUCCCUACGAUCAAUUUGCAACUCCCAUUAACGCAAAUGAUAUUGCUCGAGCCAUGUUUGUUUUGCUGAGUGACAAAAAGACAGGUAUCUAUCAUCUGGCCAGCACCGAUUAUAUGAACCGAGUAGAACUGGCUCGACGAACUCUUUCAUAUUUUCCUGGUGCUGAGUUCAUGAGCAUUGAGCCUGUGAAUUCAACUACAAUGAAACAAACUGCAACACGUCCACUUGUGGGUGGCUUGUUAAAAGUUAAAUUCGCAACUGAAUAUCCAACAUUUGUGUUCAAUAGUGUGGAUAAUUACUUGUCUUCAACUACUAAAACUUCUAUUUCUAUCCGUGAAAACAAAACUUGA